UCGAUCUCUCCGCAGCCUGCCGGGGCUCUCCGCCUUCUUCUGGGGGCCGGGCUGGACCGGCUCCGCCCCAGCCAGGUGCCCGUCGGUAUCCAGGCGCCCGCCGGUUCGCCAAGAUUCCGGUGCGGCAGGCCUGUACAACCGGCCAGCAACGAUGGGCGACGCCCCCGAGUGCACCCCUUCUCCCUCCGAGUCCACACAACCUCCCAGCCCCGCCAGGGAUCCCGAAGUGGUGCCCCCCGGGCACUCGGAGGGCUGCGCCAGGCCCCUAGACACGGUCCCCAAGAAACUCUGUGGAUAUUUAAGUAAGUUUGGCGGCAAAGGACCCAUCAAGGGCUGGAAAUGCCGCUGGUUCUUCUACGACGAGAGGAAGUGCCACCUGUAUUAUUCGCGCACCGCGCAGGAUGUUAACCCCUUGGACAGCAUCGACCUCUCCAGUGCGGUGUUUGACUGCAAGGCGGACGCUGAGGAGGAGGGCACUUUUGAAAUCAAGACUCCCAGUCGGGUGAUUACCCUCAAGGCCGCCACCAAGCAAGUGAUGGUGUAUUGGCUGCAGCAGCUUCAGAUGAAACGCUGGGAGUUCCACAGCAGCCCGCCUGCACUUCCUGCCGCCCCUGCUGCCGCCCUGGCUGGGAACGGGCCCAUCCUGCACCUCAACCUAGAGCAAGAGGGGGCGGAACUGGAGGAGUUCGUGUGCCCUGUGAAAACACCCACUGGACUUGUGGGAGCAGCUGCUGCCUUUCAGCCUGUCCCUGCCAUGCCCUCAGGCCUUCAGAACAUCUCCCUGAAGCAUCUGGGAACUGAAAUACAGAAUACCAUGCACAACAUCCGGGGCAACAAGCAGGCCCAAGCAACAGGCCAUGGACCACUUGCGGAAGAAACUUCACAAAGUACGGAGCCUCCAGGGGUGGAGCAGCCCUUGAUCUCUGACCCCAACACUCCAGGGAAAGAGCCAGAGGAGCCUCCCAAGCCUGCACCUAGGUCCUCUGUGCCCUCGGGUCCCGCACAGAAACCUAAGUGGCAAAGCAACACCUUUCCAUUCUUCACCGAUGGGCUGGCUCGGAGCCGCACGGCCCAGGAAAAGGUGACUGCCUUGGAACAGCAGGUGCUGAUGCUCACGAAAGAGCUCAAGUCACAGAAGGAACUUGUGAUAAUCCUACACAAGGCGCUAGAGGCUGCUCAGCAAGAGAAGCGAGCAUCCAGUGCGUACCUAGCAGCCACCGGAGACAGGGAUCGGCUGGAGCUCGUCAGGCACAAGGUGCGGCAGAUCGCAGAGCUGAGCCAGCGGGUGGAGGCUCUGGAGCAGGGUCGGGAGCGCCUGGAGCAGGAGGUGGGCCUGCGGGAGCAACAGGUGCAGGCGCUGCAGCAGCACGUGCAGCUGCUCAUGGACAAGAACCAAGCCAAGCAGCAGGUCAUCUGCAAGCUCUCUCAGAAGCUCACUGAAGACCUUGCACAGCCCCAGAGCGCCGAUGCUGCCAAUGGUGACUUCCUGAGCCAGCAGGAGAGAAUGGAGCACCUGAAGGAUGACAUGGAAGCGUAUCAGACUCAGAACCGCUUCCUCAACUCUGAGAUCCACCAGGUCACCAAGAUCUGGAGGAGAGUGGCAGAGAAGGAGAAGGCCCUGCUGACCAAGUGCGCCUACCUCCAAGCCAGGAACUGCCAGGUAGAAAGCAAGUACCUAGCCGCGCUUCGGAGGCUGCAGGAGGCAGCGGGGGCUGAGGCUGGUAACUUCCCUGAGCUGCUGCAGCAGCUGAUCCAAGAGGCACUGCAGUGGGAAGCAGGAGAGGCCUCCGACAGCAUGGAGCUGAGCCCCAUCAGUGAGUAUGACGAUUAUGGCUUCCUGACGGUGCCGGACUACGAGGUGGAAGACCUGAAACUGCUAGCCAAGAUCCAGGCCUUGGAGGUGCGCUCCCACCACCUAUUGGCCCUCAAGGCUGUGGAGCGGCCACUACGGGACCGCUGGGCUGCCCUGACGGAACUCGUGCCCUCAGCAGAGCUCAAGCAGUUGCUACGGGUGGGUGUGCCCCGAGAGCACCGUCCACGGGUCUGGAGGUGGCUGAUCCACCACCGUGUCCAGUCCCUGCACUCUCCAGGCUGCUACCAGGAGCUUCUGGGCCGGGGCCGGGCAUGCGAGCACCCUGCUGCCCGCCAGAUUGAGCUAGACCUCAACCGGACCUUCCCCACCAACAAGCACUUCACCUGCCCCACCUCCAGCUUCCCGGGCAAGCUCCGUCGUGUGCUCCUGGCCUUCUCCUGGCAGAACCCCACCAUCGGCUACUGCCAAGGCCUGAACAGGCUGGCAGCCAUCGCCCUGUUGGUCCUAGAGGAUGAAGAGAGUGCCUUCUGGUGCCUGGUGGCCAUUGUGGAGACGAUACUGCCAGCUGAAUACUACAGCAAGACGCUGACUGCAUCCCAGGUGGACCAGCGGGUACUCCAGGACCUCCUCUCAGAGAAGCUGCCCCGCCUGACUGCACACCUGGGGCACCACCAUAUAGACCUCUCUCUCAUCACCUUCAACUGGUUCCUCGUGCUCUUUGCGGACUCUCUCAUCAGUGACAUUCUCCUCCGAGUCUGGGAUGCCUUCCUAUAUGAAGGGACAAAGGUGGUGUUCCGAUAUGCUUUGGCCAUCUUCAAGUACAACGAAGAGGAGAUCCUGCGGCUGCAGGAUAGCCUGGAGAUCUACCAGUACCUGCGUUUCUUCACCAAGACCAUCUGCGACAGCCGGAAGCUCAUGAACAUCGCCUUCAACGAUAUGAACCCCUUCCCCAUGAAGCAACUGCGGCAGCUGCGGGCAGCCCACCGGGAGCGACUAGAAGCCGAGCUUCGGGAGCUGGAACUGCUGAAAGCAGAGUACUUGGAGAGGCGAGCAUCCAGGGGCAGAGCAGCGCCAGAGGGCUGUGUCAGCGAGGAUGAAGGGGAAGGCGAUGGCUGACCUGCCCUCUGUUCCCCAACACCUUUCUUACCUUCACUGGCAGAAGCGUAGACAGCAGGGUGGGGUCUAUGUGACUCGGGACAAGGCCCUUCCCCUCUCUGAGCCUUAGUCU